AUGGGCGUCAGGGUCGCCAUUCGAGAACAGCUCGCCUUCCUCGUGGUGGUCGCUGUUCUCGUUGGUUUGAUGAUCCUCUCCGUCCCCGUCUGGAUCUACGUCAAUCGGUUCGUCACCCAGGUCGAAGGGCGCGAACUCGCCCUUACCGCUUCGCUCAAGGCUUCGCGCAUCUCUGCUGAGCUCGAACUCGUUCAGACCAGCAUCAUCACCAUCUCUUCCCGAAUCCUGAUUCAGAAUUCCAUUUUCACCUUCUACGACGGAAACGACACAGACGCGAAUUGGGUCCAAGCCAAAGGCGACCUGAACAGUGCACUGAGCGUCGGCGGUCUCACGGGUCUGUUACAAGGGAGAAUUUAUUCGCGAAAUAUCACUGGCAACGCCCAUGGCCUCCUCAACGUCACUGGAGAAAAGGUCCCCGAGAUUGUUUUGCCAUAUCUUGGCGCCAAUGGCUCCCAGAUUCUCCUCUCCGACACCGCCGAGGGCUAUCCGCCGGCCCUGUACCCGAACAUCACCUACGAAGACCUCGGCCGCCCCAAUCAGUAUCGGAACAACACUCGAGCUUAUGCAGCCAACGCGUUCCCCGGAGUUCGUAUUUCAACAAAUGGUGGCCUGCUCCUCGGCCCUCUAAUUCUCAAUGAGACAACAGCCCUCAUUUCCAUUACUGUGCCGAUUCGGUACAACCAACAGCAAGAAUUCAUCCUAGGCUAUAUGACGCUCGUCGCCACGGCAAAUUCUCUCAUUAGCAUCCGCAAUUCUCGUGAGGGUCUGGGGGAUACCGGUCUGGUGCUACUCGUCGGGCCUACUGAGCAGUCGAACAGGUUCAGCAGUAGCAAUCCGGUCAGCAACGCUACCUUCAAACCGGCCGACAAUGCUCUCAAUAACGUACCAGUGAACUUCGUCCUUCCGCCUAACCCUCUGCCUGGACAGGUUGACCGGCACAAUGAAAGAAGCUGGUCAGCCGGCAAAGACAACGACCCAUUUCCGAUGAAGGACUACCCGGCAGUUCUCGCUUCCUUUAGCAAGCAAAUCGCGGCGCCCAACAACUCGAGCUCCAUGCUUUCGACGACCAAUGAACAGGGUCUACCAGUAGCCGUGGGAUUUGCAAGAACCAAUACCGCACUCGUCAACUGGACUGUCGUCGUGGAGCAAGCCAAGUCAGAGGCCGACGCUCCUAUUGAGACAUUGCGGAAUAUCAUUCUGGGAUGUGUCUUUGGCACCGCAGGUCUCAUCAUAAUCCUCAUAUUCCCUUGUGCGCAUCUUAGCGUGAUGCCUAUAAGGAGACUAAAGUCGGCGACGGAGAAAUCGAUUCAGCCACCGGGGUACGAGGAUGGAAAUUAUUCCGAUUUUGACGACGACGAAACCCCUGGCUCGGGAGGAAUCUCAGCCCGAACACAGCGAUCGAAGAAGGACGGCAUUGUCGCCAGUAUUUACAAGUUGGUAGGGUACAAGCCCAAGGAGAAACCCGCUUCGGAGCACGACCGCGAUUCAACCCGACGCAUUUUCAAAAUCCCCGGCAAGGUUACCGACCGAAAACACUUCAUUACCGACGAGCUGACCGAGCUGACGGAAACCUUUAAUGAUAUGAGUGACGAGCUGGUCAAACAGUACCUUUCCCUGGACCAGAAAGUUUUGGAACGGACCCGUGAGCUCGAAAUUAGCAAGAAGGCCGCCGAAGCCGCCAACGAAAGCAAGACCCUCUUCAUUGCGAACAUUUCACACGAACUCAAGACACCGCUCAAUGGUAUCCUUGGCAUGUGCGCCGUGUGUAUGGAGGAAAGUGACAUUCUCAGGAUAAAGCAGUCUCUCAAGACACUAUACAAGUCAGGUGACUUGCUACUCCAUCUACUCGAGGACCUCCUUAGCUUCUCCAAGAACCAGAUUGGGCAACAGCUCAACUUGGAAGAGAAGGAGUUCCGCCUAGCCGACAUCAGAUCGCAAAUCUUGACCAUCUUUGACAAGCAAGUCAAAGAAGGCCGAAUCACCCUGACCGUCAACUUUCUCAGCUCUGAAGCGAUCGAAUGGAGCACCAGCCCGGAAAGGACCAGCACAGACAACAGACUGCCGGCUCUUGGGCCGCACGGCACUGGCAGAUUGAAAGACAUGUGCCUUUGGGGUGAUCAGCACCGCAUUCUCCAGGUCAUCAUCAAUUUAGUGAGCAACAGCGUCAAGUUCACGCCGGCGGGUGGGAGAGUUGAUGUCCGCAUCAAGUGCAUCGGUGAGGUAGAAACAACACCGGCGAAUGAUGGCAGCCGGUCUUCAUCGUUUUCCAAGGAUUCCAGACGACAUGGGAGAAGCCGGCACCGAUUGAAUAAUAGCUCGAACCCGUCUGUGAGCUCUAGGGGAGGCUCGACUUCUGAACCCGUCAAGGGCACUGCUCUAAGCAUCAACCCGAUGGAGCCCAAGUCGACACCUCACAUUCAGGUUCGGGAGCGUUCUCCCACGCCGCCGCCGCCCGGGGCGAAGGCCUUCGUAUUUGAAUUCGAAGUGGAAGACACUGGCCCUGGUAUCGCUGAGCACAUGCAACAGAAGGUGUUUGAACCUUUUGUUCAAGGCGACCUAGGUCUGAGCAAGAAAUUUGGCGGCACAGGUUUAGGACUAAGUAUCUGUCAUCAACUUGCAAGUCUUAUGGGUGGAUCUAUUUCGCUGAAGAGCACUGUCGGAGUUGGCACAACUUUCACUAUGCAAAUUCCGCUGAAAUAUGUCAAGGAUAGAGCGUCAAGCACCGCCUCCAGCAGCAUCAAAUCUCGGCCUCCAAGCGUUGACGCCAUUGAAGGCAUCGACAGUGUUCACAACAACGUGAAGCGCAACUCUGGCGGGGCUCCUAACAGCCCACCUAUCAAGCCGGCCGGAGAAACAACCGCGAAGAACCUUCUUGAUCAACAACCCAGACUGGUCGGCCUUAGCCAGCCUUUCUUCGCAUCGAACCCAACACCUAAAGCGAAACGAAACACAAAGCAGCAAAUGGCUGCAAUUGAUCGGGCAAUGGCUACGAAGGCGAACCAGGAAGGAAAGCUACGGGUGCUGGUUGCUGAUGACAACUCGACAAAUAUCGAAGUUGUAAGCAAGAUGCUGAAGCUUGAGGACGUCUACGAUGUUACCAUUGCCAAGGACGGCCAGGAAGCCUACGACCUAGUCAAGGCGAAUAUGGACAAGAACCAGGGAUUCGACGUCAUCUUCAUGGACAUUCAGAUGCCUAACCUUGACGGCCUUCAAUCAACAAAACUCAUCCGCAAGAUGGGCUACAAGGCCCCUAUUGUGGCAUUGACCGCUUUCUCAGAAGAGAGCAACGUCAGAGAGUGCAUGGAAAGUGGCAUGGACGAAUUUCUGAGCAAGCCUAUCAGACGACCUGCGCUGAAGCAGGUCCUCAAGAAGUUUGCGACAAUUCCAGAAGAGCCCGAAACAGCGAGCUUGACAAGGAAAACGACACCAGAGAAAUCCACUCCGGAGAAGCCAGCAGCUGCUCCAGAGAUGAGUGAAAAGGGGGAGGCGAUCCAUCCGGUUGGAAACGGAACUGCAACCGCGCCGUCAUCCGAACAACCCCUAUCAGAAAAGGGACCGUAA